AAUACGGUCUCGUACUUUCAAUUAUCGUCAUGUCUACUUACUUAUAUUUUAUUUUAUUUUAUUUUCUUCCUUGUCAUCUUCUUCAUCAUCAUCUCCUUCCAUCAAUCUUUAUCCUCAUCCUGAAGAUGAUUUAUGAACAGCAGCAGCAACUACAAAAUCAAAUGACGAUCAGGGUGGAUUUCAGGAACAAGGCAAAUAAUACUAGUAGCAGUAAUGAUUCUGUAGAAAAAGAAAAGCUUGAAAUUGUUGAUUUAAGCGGCUUAUCUUUGAUGUCUGUUCCUAAUCCGUCGCUAAAUUUGAUCACUAUUUGUAAACUUGAUCUCUCCAAUAAUAAUCUUCAGAGCAUACCAGAAUCUCUAACGGCUAGAUUGCUAAAUGUUGUGGUAUUGGAUGUGCACUCAAAUCAGCUAAAAUGUAUUCCAAAUUCAAUCGGAUGUUUGUCCAAGCUCAAGAUUCUGAAUGUUGCUGGCAAUUUUCUCGCUUUUCUUCCAAAGAGUAUUGAGAAUUGCAGAAAUUUAGAAGAACUGAAUGCCAACUUCAACAAGUUAAUCACACUGCCGGAGACAAUUGGAUUUGAGCUGGUGAAUCUGAAGAAACUAUCCGUAAACUCAAACAAACUCGUCUUCCUUCCAUAUUCCAUCACUCAUCUCACCAAUCUAAAAGUAUUAGACGCUCGUCUUAACAGCCUAAGAUCCCUGCCCGAAGAUCUCGAAAAUCUUAUAAGCUUACAAGUUCUCAACAUUAGCCAGAAUUUCCAACACCUCGAAACCCUACCGUACUCCAUCGGCCUACUAUUUUCUUUAGUUGAACUUGACCUAAGUUACAACCGAAUCGCUUCGCUGCCCGACUCUAUCGGCUGCCUCAGGAAGCUUCAGAAGCUGAGCGUCGAAGGGAACCCUCUUGUUUCGCCACCGAUGGAGGUGGUGGAGCACGGGUUGCAUGCUGUGAAAGAGUAUCUGAGUGAGAAAAUGAAUGGCGGGCAUAAGAGCCCGCCAAAGAAGAAAUCAUGGGUAGGUAAGUUGGUAAGGUACAGUACUUUUAACGGAAGCAUGAGAAAUAAUAAUAAUCAGAAUAUCGAUGGUAAUGGCGGUGGUAAUAGUCCGACAAGAGACGGGUUUGCCAUGCCGGAAUAUCAGACUAUCGACGCGCUUGCUUCGCCUCGGUAUGUCGGAAUGUUCUCACCUCGCAGGCUUCUCUCGCCUAGAAAUAUUUUCUCAACUAGGUAAGCGUUUAAAUGGUGUAAUAAUGAGCUCUAUGAGUUUUGUGUGGCUAUAAAAUACUUGGCUAGGUGUGGUUUUGUGUAGUUUUGUAUUAUGUAAGAGAUGUUAAAUAUUUAUGUAAUAAUAUGCGUGCAAUACAGAAUGUUUCUCUUGUGAGUUUAAUUAAUGGAGCUUCUAUAUUGUGUUGUAA